AUGUGGUCUUUUCCUGCUCUGUUGGCUCUCUCCUCCAUCGCCAUCAACACGGCGGCAUCACAGGGUGUCACCCUGACAUGGCGCACGGCGACCAUCACGCAAUGUUACGCCUACGUCUUUGAGACUACUUCACUCUGCAAUGGCGGUUGUGCGAAGCCCACAGUCUAUCAGCCAUCAUAUCCAGGCGGGCCCAUCGGUGUCUGCAUCGACGCGCCUAGGUGUCACUCGUGCGGUUGCAACGCCUGUGCCCAGACCGUCGCGUACACCACGGCAUACGAUGCCUUCUGUUCGACUGGAUUGACAAAGCAGCUUUACGCGGUGACGGAGACAUACAGCGGUGUCUCCGCCAAACCUACGGUCGCUUCGACAGAUGUGCCUUUUGGCUUCACAGCCGAUGUCCAGACGUGCACAACAUGUGGCGACAAGCCCAUCACAGCGACCAUUACGCGGCCCAUGUCUGAUGUUGCAUACAUCACCGGCCUUUCAGAGCCAUUUCCCGCUCCGAUUGGUGCUAAACCUUAUCAAAUCGACAUCCAACCCCCGGUAGUAUCUGCUUCUGGACAAGCCCCCGGUCCGGGUCCUUUCUACCGUAAGUGUGCCUCUGUAGCUACAAAUACCAGCCCUAUAUUAACGCCGUUGUAA